AUGUCAACCACUGAACUAAAUUUCAAGGCGCUACGUAUUGUCGGAAUAUGGCCUCGUGGGGACAGUGGGCAACUGUACAAAUUCAAUUCCUACACAAUCUACGCCAUACUCAACGCCAUUACUUUAAUCGGCUUACACAACUUGUCCCAAAUCGCCAAUAUCUUUGUCGUCUACCAGGAUCUGGCAGCCUUGGCCAACACGUGUUUCAUCUUAAUUACAAACAUGCUUGGAGUCGCAAAAAUGUGUUUUUUCGUGCGUAACGUGGGAAACAUGAAAAAGCUGGUUCGCAUUUUAAACAGCCACCAGUUUCAGCCGAAAACUGAAAGCCAAGUGAAAUUAGUUCAGCCCAUACUGAAACGAUGGAAAACUUGUUACAUUUGCUGGGGGUCUUACGUGAGUUUUUGUAUGGUACUGUGGGUCGUGGGUCCUCUUACUGUGGGUGGACGUAUGCUCAUUAUGCCCGCUUGGUAUCCGUUUUCUCUGGAAAAAAACAUAAACUAUGCGAUCGCUUACAUUUAUCAAGCCAUAUGUUUCACUUACUUGUCUAUUGGAAACAUAAAUGUAGACACGAUGGUUUACGGGCUCUUGAUGUACACUAGCACACAGUGUGACCUUUUGUGCGACAAUCUGGAAAAUCUUGAUGGUAACGCGGAAGAAUUUAACAUGAAGUUGGUGAAUUGUGUGAAACAUCAUGAAACUAUUCUGAGUUUUGCUACCACAGCUAAUUCCAUUUUUAAUUUAAUCGUUCUGGGCCAGUUUGCCACUAGCGCCCUUACUAUUGCCUUAAGUUUGUUUCAACUUAGUUUGGUUGACAAUUUGGAUGCAGCAGCUAUUGUUGCUUUGUUCUAUGUUAUGGGUCUUGCAGCACAGCUUUUUCUUUAUUGUUGGUUUGGAAAUGAAGUGGAAACGAAAAGUAGUAAAAUUCCUUACUCCAUCUUUAGUUCUCAAUGGGUUGAUGUUUCCCUUCAUGUUAAUAAAAAUAUGCAGAUUUUGGUCGAACGCUGUCAUAGGCCUAUUAAGAUAACGGCUAUAAAUUUAUUUGAUCUUUCUCUAGCCACUUUUGUAACUAUUAUGCGUACGUCGUGGUCCUACUUUGCACUCUUGCACAGUGUUAAUAGCAAAUAAAUUUACACAGGAUUUUGGAACUUUACAAUUCUACAUUUGCGCAUACGGAACAUCAUCUAAAAGAAAAUUUAAUUUCAGUAGUAAGGGCAGUUAUGACUACUUUAAUGGAGAAUUUUUUCAAUAAUAUAAUAAUAAUAGUAAUAA